AUGGACGGAUCAUCAUCAUCAUCAACAACAACCACAGCACCGCCAGCAAAGUCAUCAUCCUCAUCAUCAUCAUCAGCAGUAGCACGAAUUCAAUUCAAAACCUUGAAGGGAUUUCCGGCAAGCACAGUUGAUAAAGUGGAAACUCAAGCAUUCCUAAAUGCGGCCAAGGAGAUUGUAACCGUUAUAGAAAGCUUUGGCAAACUUUUUACGCCCGUGAUCAGUGAUAUGAAUGGUAAUAUAAAUAAACUAACAAAGGCUUAUGGUGCUGAUGUAAUUAAAUAUCAAUAUUUGGAGGAUUUAAUUGUGCUUAAUGUGAAUAUUGAUGAUUUUGCCGCAAAUGCCUUGCUUUGGCUAAAACGUGGCCUGCAAUUGAUAUGCACAUUCUUUGAGAAUAUCUAUGCAGAUACAAAACAUACGGAGGUAUUGAAACAGCAUCUUCAAGAUGCCUAUGAGCGUACAUUGAAGCCAUAUCAUGGUUUCAUUGUACAGAAUACAAUUAAGAUUAUAUACAGUUGGGUUCCAACGCGUAGUCAACUAUUAGGACAAGGUGCUUACCAUGACGAAAAUAUUGAGGUGCUAACCCAAUACUUGCCCACAAUGCGUGCCCAUUUGGAUAAGAUUGAUGCUCUGCUAAGAGCGCACAAUUUGGACGAUAAACGCAAAGUGUAAUGAAAUGCAGAUGAAUGGAAUAGAUUGCUACUUAGCUUAAUU